AUGCGGGUUAAAAUACUGUUCGUUAGUCUAUUUCUCAGUAUAUUGGAUGGAGUUCUCUCGAAAGAAGAGAAAGUGGAGACUGGAGAAGAGAUGGUGAUGGGGUUGGAAACGGUCAGAGAUAUCGAAAUUGAUAAAGACACUAUUAUAACGAACAUGAAAGUGGAGAAUCGGAAUCGAGAAGCCGAACGUGCUAAAAAAGCCGCUGAAGGCGAGCCAGACUGGUCGUACAGUUCUUUCCCGCAAGAAGUUUCCCCGCACGUAGAGCAAUUUAAGAGGAACAUGUCCGAAUGCUUGAAAGAAGUGCAGGCCAAUGAGAAGAAGACAGUUCGAAGGUUGUCACCUAAGAGGGAGUCGCCUGUACACGGCGAAUGUCUUAUCGCGUGCGUUUUGAAACGGAACGGCGUCAUUAUUAAUGGGAAAAUCAAUAAAGACAACCUGAUGUUACUGGUGAGCAAGUUCUUCGCGAAGAAUACAAAGUUACUGAAGAAGCUGGACAAGCACCUCGACAAGUGUAUAGAGAAAAGUUCCAAAAUUAAGGACGAGUGCGCACUAGCGUCGCAACUGAACGAUUGUACCAACAGUCUUAUGUCUGGAAAUGAAAGCAAAUUUACUGUGAAGUAU